AUUCUAGCGGGUAUCCUUCGGCAUAUACAAACAGGCGAAACAUUCUGUGUAAAGAUGACUUCAACAGGCCCUUCGCUUAAAAGACAAGAAAUCAUCCGUGCAAUUUGCACACGCUUAAUUCGUCAGCGGUUAUUUGCUUUAAAUAUGGAAUCAAGUCAAAUCCCGAUUCCUGGACAUCCUACUCAUUGUAUGAGAGUUUUACAUUCUAAAAACUUUUUUACCCAUAAAGGUCCUAUCAUUAUUUUAUUACAAGGUGGUGGAGUUGCUCAGGCUGGUGUUUGGGCUCCACGUCUUCUAUUACAUCCUCAACAUGGUCUUCAAUCUGGCAGUCAAAUAUCUUUAGUUCAAAAAGCACAUGAACAAGGUUAUGCAAUAGCUAUUGUCAACGCAAAUGAAUAUGUCCCAAGUGAAACAGAAAUGGAUGCUAUGGAAACAUUUUCUAAUCCUUCUUGUUCUUUAAAUGAUGUCAAGAAAUGUGUACAUAUUGAUCAUAAUCUUAAACCAUAUGUUCAUAUCAACAGUCAUGAUGCAUCAAUCCAUCUCACUGUACCUGAUCAUUCAAAGAAGAUUAUAGUAUCACCUAUGCUUGACAAUAACCUUCAUCAUCCAAUUGCUUCCGAUUCUAAUUUAGAAAAUCCAGUACUCUGUGUACCAUGUAAAUCAUCUACUGACAAAGAAUCCAAACGAUUAUUUCAAUCGUGUUCAACAACAACACCAUCAUCAUCAUCAUCAGCUUUAUCAUGGCUAUUAACUGGAUCGAAUUCUACCAGCAGUUCAACUAUGCAGACAGAGUCUAACAUACAAAGCACACCUGUUUGUAGUGUCAAUUCCAUUAGUGCAUCAACGAAUGAAACUUGUUUACCUUCAUCGACUACUGAUUUUUCGCUGAAUAUGCAUGUAAAACAUGUUAGUUUGACGGAUAAUCCACCUUCGUCGUCGUCGUCAUCAUCAUCAUCAUUAAAAGCUACACAUUUACUGAACUAUCAAUCACAAUCACAAAAAUAUACACCUUCAAUUUCGUCAAAUAACAUUAAUUCUAAGAAUUUGAUACAAGUUUUACAAAAUAGAAAUACUGCUUCCGAUGAUAGGAAUUUACUUAAUUCAUUCAAUUGUCAAUCCCUUGUUGAAAAUUCAACUUCUAUAAUAAAUUCAGGAAAUAAUAAUGAUACAGCUGUUAAAAAACCUUCAGUCAACUGUCAUCUUUUCACAUCAUCAUUACCGACAGCAUCAAUAAUGACAACGCAACCAGUAACAACUGAUACACCAUCAUAUUCCAAUGGAGAUAGGAGCCGAAAUAUUCCAAAGAGUCGUUCGUUAAACAGUGAUUCAAAAGUGUCAAAUAUUUCUCUAGAGGAUCGUCUGUAUGGAAUAUGGCGUCAACUUAUACCACAUUGUGCAUCGAAUCACAUAUUAGUUUGGGCGCAUCAACAAGGUGCCAAUGCAUUUAUUCAUCCAUUUAAACCGAUGCCUGAUGUGUUUCCUGGGUUCUUAUCACCAGCUUCAGUUAAUCCAUUAAAUAAAAUGUCUUCUGCUUCUGUUAACACUAAUAAAAUACAAGAAGUGUCAGAAGAUAAUUGUCACUCAGCAAAAAAUCAUUCUGAGUCAAUUUUCCCGUCUACUGAACAUAAUGAUCUCACUUCUGACAAAGGUAUGGAAUCUUUGUCUAGUCACUAUGACAAUCUUAACUCAGCACAACAUCACAAACCUAAAAUGCAAAUUGACAAACAAUUAGUAUGGUCGAAUGAUGGUUUAUCUAAAGGAUUAAAAUCACCAAUUGUUGGGACCGAUACAAUUCCACAUCCCACUUAUAAAAAACCACGUUUGUCUAAUGAAUACAAUAGAAAUAAUCCUACUAGUACACAAGUUGUGUAUACUAAUGUAUCCAAUGAUUAUAAGAGCAAUGAUAUUGGCAUUGAGAAUAGUACUGACAAGCCAAGAAAACAUUUCACAAGAAGACGUCAUUUAUCUGCUGGACCUAUACUUAUGAAUCAUAAAAAUGAAAAUAUUAUACGUAAAAGUGAUAAUUCACUUCCUAAUACAAAUGAUCAUGUACAAUCUGAAAAGAAUACUCAAUCACUUAUAGGUACCACCAAUGUUAUUCCUGAGGAAAUUGAAGAAAUGCGUUCUAAAGUUCCCACUGGACGUUUAUGGUUGGAUAGACGCAUUUAUGGACCAUGGAGACAUCACGUCACUCCAGAAGCUUCAAGGCGUGCAUUUCGGUUACCAGAUGAUAAUGACUUUUCAGCCAAUAAAAGUCCAAAGAAAAGUGUUUCGAAUUCUACUACAAAUCAACUUGAGAAUAGAUUAUCUGUUGAUAGUCUACCAGCAGUAAGCGGCAGUGAUUUGGAUGUCAUGCUUUUUGCUAAAUAUGGUGGUGUAAUACCUAAAACUGUUGGUAUUUGGUCUGAUAUCAAUUCAAAUGAUAAUAAUAAUAAUUCAGAUGAAUUUUUACAGUUACGUUUAGCACGAGCAUGGCAACGUAAAGCGGAACGUAUAUGGCAUGAGUUAAAAAGUCGUGUAAAAGCUGUUGUAUUUACUGAUUCAGCAGAUGUGUUAGAUCUAUGUGCAGCUGGGGUUGGAUGGGGAUUAAAUAUGCUUAAUGAACAGGAUAAUACUAGAAAUGAUGAAUUGCCUUCUAUUUAUAAGCCUACCAUAUAUCGACAAAAUCUACCAAAUAAAGUUUUACAAUUCAGAGAAUGGUUAUCACAGAAUUCGGUAAACUAUGUAGCAGCCAAUGUUGAAUUAGGUGCACGACUGAAUCCACAAGUUAAAACACAACAAUUUGCUAUCCCAGUACUUUCAUCGAGCACAACAGAACAUGAUCUUAUUCCUAGUACUGUAUUACAACAUGUAUUUGAUUUUUUCCAAUCGAAAUUACAACCAUUACAUUCAAAAGAAAAUAAUGAAUACACAGCAAGUUCACAAUCGUCUUCAACAAUCAUGCAACAUAAUACUUGUUCGAUGUUAUCAUCUGUACAUCAUUCAUAA